AAGGGAAAUUGCAGUUUAAAAACGCAGUUAACACGCGCUGCGUGGGAGCCCUUAGUCAACAUGCGGCACUCUGUGCUUAAACAUCCGUUCGAAUGCGAUCGAAACAUUUUGAGCCUGUUGAAGGCGAAGCGGAGGCAGCGACGCGCCGCAGUUGAGAAAAAGUGGCGCUGCGCUGCCAAUGCUGAGGACUUGGAGCAGCUCGACACAUUCCAUCGUGCCGUACGGCCAUAUUUGUGCCUGGCCCAGGUGUUUGGCAUGAUGCCGCUGGCAAAUGUGCUCAGUCGAAGUCCUCACCGGGUUCAAUUUCAGCUACGCUCAUAUGCCACCUGUUUGUCAGUGCUGUUUCUUCUGCUAGGAGGCGUGAAGACCAUGCGCUUAGCAACAAAACUUAUUCAAGGCGGCCUAAAUGCCAAGAGCAUGGUGAGCGUCGUUUUCUUUACGAGUGGAAUGGUAAUCUGUGUGAGUUUUAUUUCUUUGGCGCGCGGUUGGUCUCGCCUGAUUGUGCCCUGGACCGGCAUCGACAUUAUAAUGCUCUUCCCGCCAUAUGAAAAAAUGAAAUAUAGUCUUCGACGGAAGUUGCUUAUCGCUGGAUGCUCUGUGGGAUGUCUGACACUGCUGGAGCAUUGGCUGUAUUACGCAUCGAGCUAUACUAAUUUUCGAAUACAAAUUAUGAGAUGUCAACCGAAUGCUACUCAGAUACCCUUUAAGGAGUACAUGAUGAAGGAAUUCGCCGAUAUUUUCGAAUUGGUGCCCUACAAUUACAUCUUUAUAUUCUAUGCCUUUUUUCUGAAUGGCACAUUCACUUUGAUCUGCAACUUCAUGGACACGUUUAUAAUUUUGAUAAGCCUUGGCUUAUCCCAACGAUUUCAGCAGAUGGCCACGCGCGUUUUGAAUGCCGUCGAACGGUAUGUGCCUGAUGUCGAGUGGCAUGAAAUACGCAUGCAUCACAUACUCUUGUGUGAGCUCAUGGAUUUGGUUGAGGCUAAUAUGUCGAAUAUCGUUUUGAUCUCCUGCUUGAGCAACAUCUACUUUAUAUGCAAUAAGCUGUUGACCAUAUUUACUAAGCUCCAUUAUCCCAUCAACUACGCCUACUACUGGUACAGUUUGCUCUAUUUGCUGUGUCGCACCUGCGCCGUUUUCAUCUGCGCCUCAAAAAUUCACGAAGCUUCGUUGCUACCUCUGACGGCCCUCUCCAUGGUGUCUAGUGAACACUGGACCGCGGAGGUGCAGCGUUUCAGCCAUCAGCUGGGCAGUCACUACAUAGGACUCUCCGGCUUGGGUCUGUUUCAUCUGACGCGCAGGAGUUUCUUUGGUAUGAUGACGACAUUGGUGUACUAUGAGUUUAUGCUAUUACAAUUGGAUGCCAAGAACAACAAGGAUGAUCUGUCCAAUCUGUGUGGGUGA